UUUAUCGGUCUCACACCCUUUGUGUUGGUGCAUUUGGCGCAAAUCAAUAUCGGAACCUUUACCACUUUCGUGACAACCACACAAUGCCACCAAAGCGAAAGUCCACAACCGACGAGGAGGACGAUGAGUAUCGUCGCAAGCGUGACCGAAAUAAUCAAGCCGUUAAGCGUAGCCGGGUCAAGUCCAAAAUGAAGACAGAAGAAACGCAACAGCGAGUCAACGAUCUGCGGCUAAAGAAUCAAGUGCUGGAGGAAAAAAUUGACAACCAAAAGAAGGAGCUGAAAUUCUUGAAGGAAUUGUUUCUCACGCAAGCACAGGCAAAGGCCGACAAACUGGUCGGUAUCAAUCUGAACGAACUGCUGCAGGACGAUGAUGAUGAUGGCGAUAAUGAGGAUGAAGGGGAAAGCAGCAAAAAACGAUUCAAGGAACAAUCGAAGGGUGAGGGAAGUAGUAGAAGUAGAUCGCGGAAGUAGCGUGGAUAACUCA